GGGCGGGGCGGGGCGACGGUGGUGGCGGCGGCGGCAGCGGGUUCGGUUGCGCGUGGCGCACGGGGUGGGAGCGGAGCCCAGGCCGGGUGCGGGCGCUGCCGCCAGUGAGAACCGGGGCCCGGAGCAGAGCGGGGUUUGGCUGGGACUGGAGCCGGAGCGCGCGGGCCCUGACCUUCGCCCUCUGACCUUUCCCCUUGCAGGCGACCAUGGGGAACGUCUUGGCCGCUAGCUCGCCGCCCGCAGGGCCGCCGCCACCUCCCGCGCCCGCCCUCGUGGGACUGCCGCCGCCACCGCCCUCUCCUCCUGGCUUCACGCUGCCGCCGCUCGGGGGCGGUUUGGGCGCUGGGGCUGGCGCGGGUCGAGGUUCGGAACGGACCCCCGGUGCUGCGGCAGGCAGCGCCGCAGGGACCGCGGACGAUGGGGCCUGCGGCUGCCUGCCCAACCCCGGCACGUUCGAGGAGUGCCACCGGAAAUGCAAGGAGCUAUUUCCCAUUCAGAUGGAAGGUGUCAAGCUCACAGUCAACAAAGGGUUGAGUAACCAUUUCCAGGUAAACCACACAGUAGCCCUCAGCACAAUUGGGGAGUCCAACUACCACUUCGGGGUCACGUACGUGGGAACAAAGCAGCUGAGUCCCACAGAGGCAUUCCCCGUGCUGGUGGGUGACAUGGACAACAGUGGCAGCCUCAAUGCUCAGGUCAUUCACCAGCUGGGCCCUGGCCUCCGGUCCAAGAUGGCCAUCCAGACCCAGCAGUCCAAGUUCGUGAACUGGCAGGUGGACGGGGAGUACCGGGGUUCUGACUUCACAGCAGCCGUCACCCUGGGGAACCCAGACGUCCUGGUGGGUUCAGCCAUUCUAGGCACUGGGAAUAGAGCAGUGAGGAGAAUGGCUUGUUGGAUUCUCUCAACAGCCCCGGGAGGAAUCCUCGUGGCCCACUACCUCCAGAGCAUCACGCCGUGUCUGGCCCUGGGUGGGGAGCUUGUCUACCACCGGCGGCCUGGGGAGGAAGGCACUGUCAUGUCUCUAGCUGGGAAGUACACAUUGAACAACUGGUUGGCGACAGUAACGUUGGGCCAGGCAGGCAUGCAUGCCACCUACUAUCACAAAGCCAGCGACCAGCUGCAGGUGGGUGUGGAGUUCGAGGCCAGCACGAGGAUGCAGGACACCAGCGUCUCCUUCGGGUACCAGCUGGACCUGCCCAAGGCCAACCUCCUCUUCAAAGGCUCCGUGGACAGCAACUGGAUCGUGGGCGCCACACUGGAGAAGAAGCUCCCACCUCUGCCCCUGACAUUGGCCCUUGGGGCCUUCCUGAAUCACCGAAAGAACAAGUUCCAGUGCGGCUUUGGCCUCACCAUUGGCUGAGCCCCUCCUGGCCCCCGCCUUCCACCCUUCCUCCUCCAGAUCCCCCCUCCCCCUCCCCCUGCCACGGAGGGGAGACCUGAGCCCUCCUCCCCCUCCCUUCCCUCCCUCCUUGGGGGUCAGGGGGGCAGUGGAAAGGAGGGGACCCAUCACCCGAGCAGCUGAGGGGGGGAUUCUGGAACCACGGGCGCUUCAGGAUUCAGAGCACUAGGGGCAGGGUGCCUAGUGGGCCUGGAGUCCCGGGAGGAAUUCCAGAAUCGAGGGGCACGCCAGAUUCUGAGCACCAGGGGCAGAGGCGGCCAGACAACCUCAGGGAGGUGUUGGGGUAUCCGAGUCCCCCCAAAGGGCCCUGGGCCCGGCCCUGAGGGGGCAGGAAGAAGAGGAGCUUCCCCAUCCCCAGUCAGUCUGCCCCCGCCCACUUUCCCACCCAUCCCUCAGUAUAAAUCAUGUUUAUAAGUUAUGGAAGAACCAGGACAUUUUACAGAAAAAAAAAAAAAAACCGACAAAAAAUAUACGUGAACAAAAGUGAACUGG